GUUAGUGGUUGAGCCCAUUGGACAGGUAGAGCGUUGAAACGGUCGUCACUCCCCCCAGGUUCAACGCACUGUUGGUAGGCACCGCACGGAAGUGUGGCUGCCUCUGAGCUCGGGGUAGUCUACUUGAUAUUCAUGAGGCGCGCGCAGCUCGGCUCCUAAUGAGCUCAGGGAAGGCGGGGGACAGAGGCACUGGGCGGCGGCGGCGGCGGCGCGCGGGCGGCGAGGAGGCAGCAGGCGGGCGGCGCGCGCCGAGCCGAGCGGAGGGAGCAGGCUUCAGGGGGCAGCGUGCUAGCCGGUAACAUGGAGCCACCCGGAGGGGGCCUAGGGCCGGGCCGCGGGACCCGGGAAAAGAAGAAGGGUCGGAGUCCCGAGGAGCCGCCCGUAGCUGGCGGCGGCGGUGACGGCGGCAAAUCCAAGAAAUUCACUUUGAAGCGGCUCAUGGCAGAUGAGCUGGAGAGAUUUACCAGUAUGAGGAUAAAGAAAGAAAAAGAAAAGCCUAAUUCUGCUCAUAGGAAUUCAUCUGCAUACUAUGGUGAAGAUCCUUCUGCACAAUCGCUUCAGGAUGUCUCAGAUGAGCAAGUCUUAGUCCUUUUUGAACAGAUGUUGCUGGAUAUGAACCUGAAUGAAGAGAAACAGCAACCUUUGAGAGAGAAAGACAUUAUCAUCAAGAGGGAGAUGGUAUCCCAGUACUUGCACACCUCGAAGGCAGGCAUGAGUCAAAAGGAGAGCUCCAGGUCUGCCAUGAUGUAUAUCCAAGAGCUUCGUUCAGGUUUAAAGGAUAUGUCUCUACUUAGCUGCCUAGAGUCCCUUCGUGUGUCACUUAACAAUAACCCUGUCAGCUGGGUACAGACCUUUGGAGCUGAGGGCCUUGCAAGCUUGCUGGACAUACUUAAACGACUCCAUGAUGAGAGAGAAGAAUCUCCUGGAAGCUACGACAGCCGUAAUAAGCAUGAGAUUAUUCGCUGUUUGAAAGCUUUUAUGAACAACAAGUUUGGGAUCAAGACGAUGUUGGAAACAGAAGAAGGAAUCCUGCUACUGGUCAGAGCCAUGGACCCUGCUGUCCCCAAUAUGAUGAUUGAUGCAGCCAAGCUUCUGUCUGCUCUUUGCAUUCUACCACAGCCUGAGGAUAUGAAUGAACGUGUUCUGGAGGCUAUGACAGAGCGAGCAGAGAUGGAGGAGGUAGACCGCUUCCAGCCUCUCUUGGAGGGAUUAAAGAGUGGAACCUCCAUUGCUCUCAAGGUGGGAUGUCUACAAUUGAUCAAUGCCCUCAUCACACCUGCAGAAGAACUUGAUUUCAGAGUCCAUAUCCGAAGUGAGCUGAUGCGCUCAGGUCUGCAGCAAGUACUUAAGGAUCUGCGACUGAUGGAGAAUGAAGAUAUGAAGGUACAGCUGGCUGUGUUUGAUGAGCAAGGGGAGGAGGAUUCCUAUGACCUGAAGGGAAGAUUGGAAGAUAUACGAAUGGAAAUGGAUGAUUUCAGUGAAGUUUUUCAGAUCCUCCUGAACACAGUUAAGGAUUCAAAGGCUGAACCGCUCUUCCUAUCCAUCCUGCAGCAUCUGCUGCUGGUCCGAAAUGACUACGAGGCCAGACCUCAGUACUAUAAGCUGAUAGAUGAGUGCAUAUCCCAGAUAGUGCUUCACAAGAAUGGUGCUGAUCCCGACUUCAAGUGCCGACACCUCCAAAUAGAUAUUGAAGGAUUGAUUGAUCAAAUGAUUGAUAAAACAAAAGUGGAGAAAACUGAGGCCAAAGCUAUAGAGUUGGAAAAGAAGCUGGACUCAGAACUAACUGCUCGGCAUGAGCUACAGGUGGAAAUGAAAAAGAUGGAGGGUGACUUUGAACAGAAACUCCAGGAACUACAAGGAGAGAAGCAAACAUUGGAUGCAGAGAAACAACAAUUGGCUACUGAGAAAAAGGACCUGGAAGCUGAAGUCUCUCAGCUGACUGGAAAGGUUGCCAGUUUGUCUAAGGAGCUAGAAGAUGCCAAAAAGGACAUGGCUUCUCUCUCAGCUGCAGUUGUCUCUUCUGUUCCUCUUGCCCCUAGCAGUGAUACUAUUCCUCCUGCCCCUCCUCUUCUUAGUGACUCUAACAUAUCCCCUCCUUUACCCAGUGGUAUUAAUGUUCCUCCCCCUCCUCCUCCUCUGCCUGGUAGAGCUGCUAUUCCUCCUCCUCCCCCCCUACCUGGUGGAGCUGGUAUUCCUCCUCCUCCCCCCUUACCUGGUGGAGCUGGCAUUCCUCCUCCUCCCCCCCUACCUGGUGGAACUGCUAUUCCUCCUCCUCCCCCCUUACCUGGUGGAACUGCUAUUCCUCCUCCUCCCCCCUUACCUGGUGGAGCUGGCAUUCCUCCUCCUCCCCCCCUACCUGGUGGAGCUGGCAUUCCCCCUCCUCCCCCCCUACCUGGUGGAGCUGGCAUUCCUCCUCCUCCCCCCUUACCUGGUGGAGCUGGCAUUCCUCCUCCCCCUCCCCUGCCUGGUGGAACUGGAAUGCCCCCCCCUCCUCCUCCUUUACCUGGUGGAAUCCCUCCACCCCCUCCUCUCUCAGGGGUUCCUGGUAUCCCUCCACCUCCCCCAGGAAUGGGUGUGCCUCCACCUCCCCCUGCAUUUGGGGGUCUGGGAGUGACUGCGGCUCCAGUUCUGCCCUAUGGCUUGGUUCCAAAGAAGCUUUAUAAGCCAGAGGUGCAGCUCCGAAGGCCAAACUGGUCCAAGUUUGUUGCUGAAGAUCUGUCCCAGGAUUGUUUUUGGACAAAGGUAAAAGAGGACCGGUUUGAGAACAAUGAGCUAUUUGCUAAGCUCACACAUACCUUCUCAGCCCAGACAAAAACUUCCAAAGCCAAGAAGGAUCAGGAAGGUGGAGAAGAAAAGAAGUCAGUACAGAAGAAAAAAGUAAAAGAACUGAAGGUGUUGGAUUCAAAGACGGCCCAAAAUCUCUCAAUCUUCCUGGGUUCUUUUCGUAUGCCCUAUCAGGAGAUCAAAGCUGUCAUCUUGGAGGUGAAUGAAGCUGUUCUAACAGAAUCAAUGGUGCAGAAUCUCAUUAAGCAGAUGCCAGAGCCAGAGCAACUAAAGAUGCUGUCAGAACUAAAGGAUGAAUAUGAUGAUUUGGCUGAGUCAGAACAGUUUGGUGUAGUGAUGGGCACUGUGCCUCGCCUUCGACCUCGACUCAAUGCCAUCCUCUUCAAGCUGCAGUUCAAUGAGCAGGUAGAAAAUAUCAAGCCAGAAAUUGUUUCUGUAACAGCUGCUUGUGAAGAGGUACGAAAGAGUGAGAACUUUUCUAGCCUCUUGGAGAUAACCCUGCUUGUGGGCAACUACAUGAAUGCUGGUUCUAGGAAUGCUGGUGCCUUUGGCUUCAACAUUAGCUUCCUUUGCAAGCUUCGUGACACCAAGUCCACUGAUCAGAAGAUGACACUGCUGCAUUUCUUGGCAGAAAUGUGUGAGAACAACUACCCUGAUGUCCUCAAGUUCCCAGAUGAGUUAACCCACGUAGAGAAGGCUAGUAGAGUUUCAGCUGAGAAUUUACAGAAGAACCUGGAUCUAAUGAAGAAGCAGAUUUCAGAUGUAGAAAGAGAUGUUCAGAACUUCCCAGCUGCCACUGAUGAAAAAGACAAAUUUGUGGAGAAAAUGACCAGCUUUGUAAAGGAUGCCCAGGAACAAUAUAACAAGCUGCGAAUGAUGCAUUCUAACAUGGAAACCCUCUUUAAGGAAUUAGGAGAUUACUUCCUCUUUGAUCCUAAGAAAAUGACUGUGGAAGAAUUCUUCAUGGACUUAAACAAUUUCAGGAAUAUGUUUCUGCAAGCUGUCAAGGAGAACCAAAAACGACGGGAGACAGAGGAAAAAAUGCGUCGAGCAAAGUUAGCCAAAGAAAAGGCAGAGAAAGAACGAUUAGAGAAGCAGCAGAAGAGAGAACAAUUGAUAGAUAUGAAUGCAGAGGGUGAUGAAACUGGUGUGAUGGACAGUCUCCUGGAAGCUCUACAGUCAGGUGCAGCAUUCCGAAGGAAGAGAGGACCCAGACAAGCCAACAGGAAGGCCGGAUGUGCAGUCACCUCUCUCCUUGCCUCAGAGCUGACAAAGGAUGACGCCAUGACUACAUGUUCUGCUAAGGUGCCCAGGAUGAGCGAGGGAACCCGGGACAUGCACGAUGAAAAUAAGGAGUUGAUUGGUCGUGCGAGCUAGGCCUCGGCUGUGCAGCAACACUGGUUGAACAGCUGAGCCUGGGGCAGCCCUGUCUUGCAGCAUGAGCCUAAGGGGUCAAAUGGAUUUUCCUCUUCGGCAGCCAACCUUCCCUGCCUCCUUUCUUUGACCUGCUGCUCUCUGUAUAGCAUACACAGCUUUAGCUGUCUGGAGGCAAGAAGGAAAGGGCACAGUGGAAGAAGCCCUGGAUGUCCACUCAGCACUGGCUGUUGCAUUACCAAAGCAGGGACCAUCUAUGCUGCCUUAACCCUGUCUUACCUUUGUUAUUGUGCUGCCAGGUCUUGGGCAUGCCCAACCUGCUUCCUCAGUCCCUGGCUCCAAAGGAGCUCACCCCAAGGUCAAUCUUGCUGGAUUCAUGUUCUUUCUGCUGUCUUGUGCCCUGCUGUGGCUUCUCUGGCCCUAGGAACCGCAUGGGGCUCUUGAACUUUCUGACCAUAUUCUUAUAUUUCCUAUCAUUGCUGCCUCUCCUGCUUUCUUCUCCCUCUCUCCAUUUGCUAUUGAUAUUUAUUGUUUGUGGUGAAGUGUUGGCUGCUGCUUCUAAAGAAAUGAGGAGCAGCUCCACCUUCACUCCACCCCUAGGGAAGGACCCCUUCCUCGCCCCAGCUUCACAAAGCAAAAAGAACCAGACCACCACUAUCCAGCUAUGGCAUGAAGUAGAGCACCUGAGGAAAAAUGAUCCUAGAGUCUGGGCAUUGCGAACGGCAUCAAGACAGGACAGCCUCUCCACAUCCUCAGCUUAACUGAGUGUCCCUCCUUCCUCCCUCCCUCUGUUUUCUGCACUUGCCCCCUCACUGCUGAUAUCCACUGCCCUUGUUAUUUUUAGGGUCUUGGCUCAUCCCCAUCUGAAGUUUCAGCUGUUAUAUGGCUGCACAAGGCCCCCACCCUCUCCAAGUCUCCAGGGAAAGGGGAGGCAGAGCCUCCUGACUAAGAAAUUGUUUUGCAAAUGGAUCUAUUUUUGUAUAAGAUGUUGUUUUUUAGAAAAUAUAAAAAAAAAAGCUCUCUCUUCUCUGUUCCCUGCCCCUUCUCCCUCCUGAAUGUCAGAGUUCCUGGAAUUUUUCCCCUUUGCUUAUCCCCAGACACCAGGAUCUGCCUCACUGCCCUCAUCUGAACCUGUCCUAAUGGGCAUGUUCAAAUUCCAAGCCCCAAGCAAUAGUUCUGGAUUAUUAAUUUCUGAGGUCUAUGGGUGACUUGGUACUUUUUUCCCUGACUAGACAAGGCCAGGCCAAAGAGCUGAGAGGAUCCAGGUACUGCUGAGUUUUUUAUAAAUUUAAUAUAUUUGAAGAGCCAAAUGUGCAAAUGCUAACUGGGCACUAUGGGGGAAGAGAGAGGUCCAGAUUAAGGGAUUGGGGUAGGGGAAAGGGUGGAAUCAUGUAAGUAAGAUGCCUAGGCACUGUGCCCUCACCCUACACUGGAUACAAUUGUUGUGCCAUACUCCCUAGAAAGGUAAACCUAGAAUUCCCAAAUGCAGCUUGAAUCAUCCCUGCCCUCCUCAUGUCCCCUUCAUUUCCUUACUUAUAGAUAAGAGGAAAAUGGGAUCCUCUGAGGAGAAAAUCUAGAAGACUCAAAGACAGGGAAUUCUGGGAGUUGGGAAGGUCCAAAAUCCUGGGCCUAGGGUUUGGGGCAACAGCAGCUGCUGUGAGAACUUUUUUCAGAUGCUGUGUCAUAAGGAGUACUUGCUACUCCCAUUGUCCCUCCCUGCUGGCUGACAGUCAAACUUUGAAUCUUUCUUUUUUAAAUCACUUUUGCUAAGAUGCAUUUGAUAAAAAAAGAAAAAAAAGCAAACAAACAAAAAACCCCAAUAAUAAUAAAGGGCAAGAUACAAAUCUAUAUCCCUUGCCUUUUGGGCUUCUGGGACAUGUCAUCAUCUUUGAUUUGUUGGAUUUAUUUGUUCACAACUGUUAAUAAAGCAUUGGAACAGUAUUCAUUCUAGUUUUCUUUGUGAGGUUUUGGCCCACACCUCUUCCAUGCCCCAAAUAUAUAACCUUCCCUUCUCAAUUUGAGAAAAUCCAAGGGCCUUGCCCAACCUCCUGGAUUAAUAUCAAGUUUGUUGCUUCCCAAGCACCAAUUCAUAUUAACAGUAUUAAACACCUCCUGUUUAAGGAGUGCAAGUCUGGAAAUACAAGUAUGAAAAAUGAAAAUUCCUGUACUUGAGCUUAAAAUCUAAUGGAAGGGUAGGUAUACAAAUAAGUAUGGAAUAUUAAUAAAUGAAUGUGUAGAAAGCUUUAAAGUUUGCAAAAAAAAAAAAAAUUCUGUGUGUGUGUGUACACACACAUACACCUUUGGCGCCUCACAACAAUCCUGAAGAGAAGUCUAGUAAGUUGUCAAAUUCAAAUAGAAAUGGAUAGUAUCUGGGUAGUAUGUUGACAUAAAAAACCUCCCCACAAAUUAACAUUGUGUUGCAUUUUUUAUUUUGUUAAACGUUUCCCAACUACAUUUUAAUCUGGUUAGGGCCACACUUAGGAUCUCUGGUCUUAAGUGGAAAAGAAGCUUCAGAUUCAAAAAGGCCUGGCUCUGAUGAUGACGGAGUGACCCUCAGCAAAUUCCUUAAUUUCUCAGUUUUCUAGACAACUCUUUUUAGAUUAUAAAUUGAAGUCUAGGUGUAGAUCUAGGAGUUCCCUAUACAAGUGAAAUCAUUGCUUAUUCAUUAGUCUCUAAAAAGCAUUAUGUUUAAAUGGACCCCUUGCAAUAAUGGUGCAAGGCCUAUCUGAGUACUACUACUUUUAAAUAAUUUUCAGUGGGAGUUAGAGGAGGAAGCACAGAAAGUUUCAUAGAGAUUGUAGCAUUUACUAAGCCUUUAAGGAAAACAAGAUUUUCUACAGACAGGACAUUGUAGGGAGCAGGCAGGAGUUAGAUCAGGGAAUAGCUAAGAAUCGUUGAUUAGACUAAUAGAGUGUGGAAAAGAGGAAUAAUGUGAUUUAUUAUACUAGGAAGCUGUGUGAAAUGUGAGGCUAGAGAAUGUCUUUUAUAUUGUGUAAUCUGUGGGUGAGUCACUUCUCUGUGCCUCAGUUUCCACCAAAUAAAUGGAUUGGACUAGGUUUCUAAGGUGCCUUCCAGUUUAAGAUCCUAUGAUCCUGUAGAUAUUUGUUCAUUAAAUAAAUUUUGAAGUACUGUGUAGAGCAUAGGUGCUGAGAGAAGUUUCUAAGAGAUGAUUAGUUGCUUUCAGACUCUUGUGUCUACUUGGGAUAAGGCAAACCUAACUAAUAACAUAUUGCCUGAUAAAUUUGGAGAAGAAAAGAGUGGGGAACCAGUUCAGACCUGAUUUUAUCUCAGUUCCCAGUGUAGAAACUUCCUCUGCAGAUUAAUGCAGAUUGGUAAAUUGAUGUCUUAAUUGCCUGGGCCAUUAAGAUGAUGUGAUUUAUUCCUUGGACAUAUAGCUAGAUGUUUCAGAGACCUGAAGCCAUCUCCACCUCUCCACCUCAGACUUUCCUCUUUAUCAUAGCAUUUUGCUUCACAAAAUAAAGAGAGAGUCAUAAAGUGUUAUAUGGGUCUGAAGAGGUUUAUCACUUUCUGGAGGGUCAGUUAAGGCCACAUGGAGGAAGUUACUAUCUUUGACUUUGAAGAACAAAAAGAAUAUUCCAAAUAUAAGAGAUAUGGAGGCAAGGUUUAGAGGGUCUUGGGUACAUAGAGUGAGCCAUCUUGAUUCAAGGGUAAAGUGCAGAGAAUGAUGAAAUUGAAGAGCUUUAUCAUUAGUAGGGCAGUUAGAGAGCAUAUGGUCUCUGAGCUCCUGAAGCAGUGCCUCCUACUGUGGCUCAGGGGCUGCACCCACCCUAGUGGUACAGACCUCUUUUUCAGACUUUUCUACAUUGUCUUAGGCAACUUUUAUUGGCUCUGCCAAUCCAGAAUUUUAUUUGAGGCAUCACUUUAAAGUUGUUUGGAAGGGGCUAUCAGGAUAGUUAGCUGUGUCCUUGCUUGUACUCCAUCAUCUUUACCUUUUAGUUUCUGGCCCUGCUUUUCAGCUCAUGCUUACCUCUAACUGUGCUCCAUCUUUGCAAUUUAUACUAGGGAGGGAUAUCCAAAUCAAUCAACAAGGAUUUAAUUGCCUACUACGUGCCAAUCCCUGUGCUAGGUGCUGGCAUGUCUGCCUUCAAAGAGCUUGCCUUCUACUGGGUGAUUACUACAUGUUCACAAAUAAAAUAUAGGUCAAAUAUGUA